GUCAGUUCUACCACCCCAAGCAAAGUCGCCGCCGACGGACACCGCCCGAAGACCGGGCGUGUCGUGGGCGGAGUCGGUUCCUCCCAUGGCGACGGCCUUUCAUCGACCCCCACCACCACCGCUGCGUUUGGAAUCCUCAAGCGGCCUAACAGCAGCGGAGCCCAUUCGGAUGGUGAAGCCGCAGCAGUUGGUGGAAUUCUUCGAGGAGAACUACGGCGCCUUCCUGGAUGGGCUCUUGGCCGAGCACGGAGCCCCGCAACCAAGCCCGAUGUGCGGAACCACGCUCAAGAGCUUCACCGCCAUCACGCGAUUGGUUGGGCGAUUUGUUGGACGGCACUUUUGGGCGGAAGCAUGCGGUUUUGGCGCACGUCGUUGUCGGGGCGACAGCGGCUACGAUCCAAGACCUGCAAGCAUCGCCAUCGAGAACUUCGGCAUGGUUUGGGGUCGAAGAGACCGAGAUGCAGGUGGCAGCCCAAGUUCACUGGCGGGACUUCGCGGGCCACGCAUCAGCGUUUCACAGGUGUCCGAGUCUCCUCAGAGGACGAGCCGCACCACGGCUCCAAGGCUCACGGCCAUCAACCUGGCCGCCUCUCCGCGGGGAGGGCCCCGAGGAGGCAAAGACUUUGGACGCGAGACCACCGCCGAUCUCGACCAGCUGAAGGACGAGGGUGAUGCUCGACGGCGGGAAGCAUCAGAAAGCUUGCGGACGCUGGUGCUGGGGCCGCAGAGUGUGGAGCACACCCCGGAGAAAGAGAAGGAAUAUUUGGCCCUCUUACGGCGGGGCACGGAUGAGGAGGUGGAGACCUUCUGCCAGUGCUGGUGCCAAAUGGAUCUGGACGUCGACGGGACGGUGGACUUGGAUGAAUUUGCCAAUUUCUUCAGCAAGCGGAAGGUGGACAGGCUGCUGGGCAUGCGAUGUGUCCGGUACCUGAUGCCAAAGGCGAGCAUUAGCCUCCCUGCCGCGAAGGUGUCUGUGUCGAAGGAUGAGAUGAUGCAUUUGAUGUGGCCCCAUGCCUCCACCGAAGACAUGGAUCACAUGUGCACCGUCUUUGAUCACUGCAGGCUGCGCGCGAUCGAAGUGCCGCCGCCGAAGCUGUUGCCGCGCAAGCGGCGGGCCGAGCUGCGGAAGCCGCCGUAUGGGCACGGCGCCUGGGAAGAGAGCGAGAGGAAGCCGGUGGGUCCGGAAAAACCGCCGGAAGCGCAAGAAACCCAAGUCUUCGGAAACAGCGACUUAGAUAGUGGCUUGGAGCUGGUGCUGGAAUGGGCUCCGUUUCGAUCCACUCCGUCCCAAACUGGUGCGAAGAAGAGCGAUCCCUCGCAGAACCCGCGACCUCCCAACGGCUUUUUGGGGGUGCCCUACGUGGAUUUGAUCCCUGCGGGCAUCGCGGAGGAACCGAUGGUGCGCCUGCUGCGGGAGAAGUACGACAAGCGCAGUACCGGCAGCUUCGAUGAGAAUACCUUCCUCGAGAUGAUGGCUCCCAUGGGCUAUCGCGCACACACCUCCAUGCGCUUGGUGGUAUGCAAAGAUGGGAAGAAAGUUCGGAAUGUGAGCUGGUCAAAAGACCAUUUGCAUUUUGAAGGUUGGUUGCGUCUCGGCGGCAGAGGUGGCAUCGGAAAGGCAAGUGUUUGGCAGGGACGAGGGCCCGAUCAGCUGACACAAAUCGUGUGGGUCCAUGCCUGCUCCCUCACCGUUUGA